AACAAGAACGAAAAACACUUUCUCACCCACCAAACAGACAAACAUCCAACAAGAAAGGGUUAGGGUUUCCACUUUCUGAUUUCUCUUUUCAAUUUCCCUCCUAUUUUUCCUUUUCCCUCAAUCACAAUUGCAAUGAUUACCGGUUUUCGCUUGGGAAACCGAUUUUUGGCUAUUGGGCUUGGUGUCAGGCGAUUGGUUUUCUUUCAAAUGAGAAGUUUGAUAAAAUUAGAAACAAGACAGAGCUUGUCUUUUCUUCUCUAGAUGUUUGUAUUCGCGGGAAAAUGACUUUUUUUCAGCUCGCUUUAUAUCAGCUUCCACGGAACUUUUCUUUGUGGUUGAUUUAUCCUGGAGGAAUUUAUGUAGCUGGUGGGUGGAGUAAAAAAGAGAGGGGAAAUAUUCAUUGGAGGAUACAAGAUUCAAGAGAGAACUUUUAUAAGUUCUUAUAUGUUCUUUAGAUUCUUUUUUGUAUUUAAUUGUCAGUAAAUAAUUAGAUUGCUUGAGUUUGAAUGCAUAUAUUUAUAAAUGGAGUCAAAAGUUUCUUCACCUUCAAUUCCAAGGAAUAUGGUAAAAUGCUGUGAGUGUGGCCAUCCUUGGAGUACUUGGUUUCGAUCUGUGAAACGAAAAUACGAUGAGUUUGAGACAACAAACAGGUUUUCUGUUCCGGAGAUGGAUCUUGACUCCAAUGCCAAAGUCCAAGUCGAGAAUGAAUGUGCUGCUUUACGGGAGACGGUUAACAGCCAACAGGCUACAAUACAGGAGUUGAAUAGAGAUUUGGAGGAAGAGAGAAAUGCCUCAUCAUCGGCUGCUACCGAGGCCAUGUCGAUGAUAUUGAAGUUGCAGAGUGAGAAGGCGGAGCUCCAAAUGGAGGCACGGCAAUUCAAGAGUUAUGCCGAGGAGAAAAUGGCACAUGACCAGGAGGCCAUAAUGGUAUUGGAGGAUCUGUUGUUUAAGAGAGAGCAGACUAUUCAAGCUCUUACAUGUGAAGCUCAGGCUUACAAGCAUAGGAUGUUGAGUUACGGGCUUACAGAGGAAGAGGUUGAAGGUGAGCCGGACGGGGAGUUUCACAACAUGGCUGAGAACUUUGGUGAUUCAGAAGAUUUUCUUCCAUAUGAUUAUCCACCUCCUAUGUGCAAUUUGAACGAGAAUCCUGAUGAUGAUGUUGAAGAUAUAAAGAAAUAUUCAUUUGUCGAGACCCCCCGAGAAUACUUGAGAAAUCUGGAACAAAGGAUCUGCAUAAUGGAGAGGAAUCUGAGCAGCAGUCAUCUGAGUCAAGGGGAUGGAUGUUACCCUGCAACAAAGAAUGUUUCAGAGAAGGUAAUAGUUGGUCAAUCUCCUAGGCUACCAAGACAUUCAAGGAGGCAUUCGGGUGAUAGUUCAAAUUCGGACCUUCCUAAAGAGACCGGUUCAGAAUUUAUCGGUGAUUCUCCCAGGUUCGACAAUAGCUUCAAGAAGAUGGAGUUCGUUUCAGAAACGGACAAGAUUUCCGGCUCGAGAAGAAUGGAUAAUGCUUCAGAAAUUGAAGAUGAUAUGAGUGACAGAGUUUAUACGAUUGAUUCAAUCCAUACUGGGGUGCCAUAUGAGGGAACCUCCAAGCCUAAACCUGGAGUUGGAGAUUGUGACAAUUAUGGAUACACUCAAAGGGAUGCAUUUGAUCUGCCUGAUGUUUGUGAUCCCGAUAUCAAGAAGCUCUAUGCGAGGCUUCAGGCCCUUGAGGCUGAUAGGGAAUCAAUGAGACAAGCAAUAAUAUCGAUGCGAACUGAAAACGCACAGUUGGUAUUAUUGAAGGAAAUAGCUCAACAUUUGUGCAAGGAAAUGUCACCUGAAAGACCAGUGACUGUGAGGAAGCCAUCUAUUCUUGAAAGCCUUCCCUUCCAGUCAUUCUUCAAGUGGAUUAUAUCCUUAUUUUUCUGGAAGCGGAAUCGUCGAAGCAAGUACCCGUAUGGAUUGUCACCAAACAACAUAGGUCUGCUAAUGCUUCUGGACAAGGGGCCUCGACUGAGGCAGUGGAGAUGCAUUUUAAGUACACAAGUGUGAAAAAAGAUUCAUCUCAGCAUGACGAUGAAACCAAUAACCGUAAUGGCGAUUGAAUAAGCAUUCAUGUAUAGGCUCCAUUGGAGCAGCUUUUGGCAUAUUGUUCGACGUUCUUUCA